AUGCCAUAUGACACGAAAACUAACAUCGCCGGUGAAAUACCAAACUCUGUGCAGGAGAAGAUCGGGCUCAUCUUCCAAGGUCUGAAUCGGGAUUUGCUCGAACAGCGCGACGGACUCGCUCUCACCUUGCGUACGAGGACGCGACAAGCGAGCAGCAGCUCACAUGAAAACGGCAAUGCUCGCGACGUGAAAUUCAGACGGCUCUGCUUCCCAGGCAGGGGUGUAGAAGAUGCGUGGCGUUUCACGGUCGUACUUCGCAUGUUGGAGUUAGUGCACGAAGCACUGAGUACUGGCAAAACCCUGUCGAAGAGAGACAUCUACUACCGUGAUCCAGCACUUUUCGGCAGCCAGACGCAUGUGGACCGCUACAUUGACGACAUAGCCUUCACCUUUGACGUCCCUCGGUCUGCACUCAAUGUGACGGCGGUGGCGAAAGGCCUAAUACUGGGAGCCGUAACGUUCUGUCGCCGAGAUGGUUCAAAUGCCAAUGCUGCAGUCGACAGAGAAGGCGUGCUCGUCCCACCCCUCAGUGAGCUCCUUUCGGUGAGCAUGAAGGCCGUCAAAUGGGUCCUCGUUAUUGAGAAGGAAGCCAGCUUUCGCUCACUGGCUUCUUCCAACUUUUGGGACAGACUGUCCACUGAAGGCGUGCUGCUUACCGGAAAGGGCUAUCCAGACAUCGCGACCAGAGCACUGCUACGCUUUCUGAGUGAACCUUCUCCGCAGAACGGCUUUGCAUCUCCGCCCGUUUACGGUCUGGUGGACUUCGACCCGGAUGGGCUCGCGAUACUGGCGACUUAUAAGCACGGUUCAUUCGCGCUGGCGCACGAGAACAGCUCGCUACAGGUACCUCAGCUCAAGUGGCUGGGCCUGCGCAGCGAGCACAUACUGAUGGAGAGCGACGACCCGCAUGCGAGCCAAGGGCUCAUGAUGCUCACACCGCGCGAUCGCGGCAAGGCGCGCAAGAUGUUAGAGCGCAGCGUGCCCGGCAGUAUCUCUGGUGCACUUGAAGCGGACUCGGAGGAGUGGCGAGGAGCAUUGCAAGUGAUGCUAAUGCUCAACGUGAAAGCUGAGCUCCAACUGCUCGAUGCGCAGUCGGGCGGAGUAUCUGAGCUGUUGGAGUCGUACUUAGCGAUGCAGAGCCGCUAUACUGCUAGCUUGACAAGGAAUCUGCAUGUCGAUUCCCCGUGA